AUGGAAGCAGCGAACGCAGGAGCAAACGACCCACCUCCGCAAGUAGCUCUCGAUGCAAAACAGAUAGAGGAGCUGAAAGUUCAGAACGUAAUCGCUCCUGAAUCUCAAUUGAUACUCCCCGAGGGAGUUUCGCUCGACCAAUUAUCACCUGAGGACUUGGAGAUCAUUAAAAGUCAACAGGAAUUCUUGAAGAUACCGGCUGGCCUGGCACUCCAAAAAGGAAACUGGAGAUUCUUCUGCAUUUGGCUCUCAUUCUCCAUACUGAAUCUAUGGGUGGUUCGAAAUGCUCUAGAAAAGCCAGUCAAACCCGCAACGCCGAAAUGGACGUAUGCAUUCUAUGACUGGGUGUACAAGAUUUCAUAUUCUGUCGGCUUGUUGGGAUAUUUCUUGUUCUUGGCUGCAUUCUUCCAUAUACCAGCAGUAUUAUGGAAUGCUAGUAUAGAGUUUGAGCUGCGGUGUCUGGAGGCAGGAAUAUUACUCCUAUUUUACGGCCUCUACUUUGGAGUACUAGGACGUGACACUGUAGAUAGACUAGCAGAUAAGAUGGCAUACGCUGUUGGUUACUAUGCUGGCAAGAAGGGUGGAAUGCCAACACGGCACUUAGCAUCAAAUGUCUGCUGUAUAUGUGGCGACGUGACGAAUGAAGAAGGAGGAAAACUGAAGCUACAUAAAUUACAAUGUGGACAUAUAAUGCAUGAAGUUUGUAUACGUGGAUGGAUUAUUGUUGGGAAGAAGGAUGUUUGCCCUUACGAUUCGGAAAGAGUGGACAUGUCUGCAUUCUCAUCGAAUCCAUGGGAGACGUCGCAGAGAUUAUACCUGUCAUAG